CGUCACUGAUCUAGAUUUCGUCCAUCAAAACUGACACAAAAACACAACGAUGAUGAAACUUAUCAUUCUCCGAUUUGAUGUCGGCGUGUGAAGUGGAUACGAAGAAAAAAAUGAAGCUGUGUAGAGAACAGUGUAUUUUACUAUUAUUAACUUUACAUAAUUUAUUUAACUGUACAAUAUCUUAACCGAAACUGAAAAUUAUGGAUCGGUCACGAACUUCAAUGACCUCCCGACCGGCCCCAAAGUCGCUGCUACAACACGUGAAAUGGGAGUACCUUGCGGCAGGAAUUAGUGGUGGAGUAGUUUCUACGUUAGUUCUCCAUCCUCUAGAUCUAGUAAAAAUAAGAUUCCAAGUUCAUGAAGGAUAUGGGGUUGCUGUCACAAAACGUCCACAAUAUCAGGGCAUGUUCCAUGCUUUACGAUCAAUAUUUUCCACAGGGGGUUUCACAGGAUUGUAUCAAGGAGUGACACCUAAUGUAUGGGGAGCAGGAAUCUCCUGGGGACUCUACUUUUUCUUUUAUAACUCAAUUAAGACAUGGAUGCAAGAGGGAGAUACAACGAGGGCACUGGGAGCAACUAAACACAUACUUAUUGCAUCAGAAGCAGGCUUGUUGACACUUGUGCUUACUAAUCCAAUCUGGGUGGCAAAGACGAGGCUUUGUCUUCAGUACGAGAGUAAACCCACAGACUGUAUACGAUAUAACGGCACAUUAGACGCUCUCAUUAAACUCUACAAAUAUGAGGGAGUUAGGGGUCUGUAUAAGGGUUUUGUUCCUGGUGUGUUUGGUAUUUCACAUGGUGCUAUACAGUUCAUGGCAUAUGAAGAAAUGAAGAACGCCUACAAUCAAAACAAAAAGAGACCUGUAGACACCAGAUUGACUACAGUAGAGUAUCUUACAUUUGCUGCUGUCUCUAAGAUAUUGGCUGCAUGCAUCACAUACCCUUACCAGGUAUUGCGAGCACGACUACAGGACCAACAUGUUAGUUAUUCAGGUGUAAUUGAUGUCGUACAAAAAAUUCUCAAGUAUGAAGGGGCGAAGGGCCUCUACAAGGGGAUGCCUGUCUACCUUUGGCACGUGACCCCUAACAUUUGCAUCGUAUUUAUGAUAUAUGAAUAUGUGAUAAACUGGAAAACUUGGAAUAGAGACAAGACAGUGUUAGAAAGCUAGUGACCACAGACCUAAUGCGAGGGGUGACAUUGGCAAUGAAAUCUGUGAGUUUAAUGACAUUCAUUCCAUCAGUGUCUUGAUAUACAUGUAUAUCUUUUAAAAGAAAACAGAGGGAUAUAUUUAGCUUUGGAGUUUUUGUGGAUUCACAGUGCUUAUGGAUAUUUUAGCAUUCACAUUGAAGAAAGGUGCUUUUGACUUGUGAGUUGAUGUAUGCUCUUCAUUUUGGAGAUUUGCUCUUCAUAUUGGAGGUAUUGUCUCACAUUUGAGGUAUGGUACUCAUUUUGGAAGUAUGCUUAUAUGUUGUUCCAUAUUGGAGAUUGAUUCUUCAUAUUGGAGGAAAAGAAAGCAUAAAUAAACUUAAAUUAUGAGACUAUUGAAUUUGAAGUAGGCCAGUAUAGGAAGAGUUUUGAUGAUGUUAACUCCACUUCAAUAGCAAGAGGAAAAAAAUGAUUCUCAAAUGAAGGAAGACGAUCUACUGACCGGUUGUCACCAGUGAAACAGUUCAUAUUUUAAAUGUCUUUCAGAUUAGGUAGUGCACUUUUGUUUAAACAUAUAUAUAUUAAAAAUGACGGAAAUGUGUGGUUCAUAGAUUUUUAUGUGAUAAAGAAUCCAGAGGGAUACAGAAACUGAAGUUAUAUUGCUAUUAAUAUGACAGUAUUUCAUAGGACAGACAAAGCAUUCCAUUUAUGUUGUGCCAAAAUUGGCACGGUAUAUGUCAAACAUUUCAUAUAUUUUUGUUAAAUCAUUGUACAGAUUCAUGUAGUUGUGAAAAUAUAUGUAUAUUAGUCUUGUAGACAUAAUGAUAUUUUACUUGUAGAUAUACCCACACAAUCUUAGGUACAUGUAUAUUGUAUUACUGAGUUGUCGUUAACAAGCAUAAAUUGGAAGAUCUGGGAAAUAGGUUAUAUAUAAAUUGGAAAUCCUGUUUUAAGAUCAUGUAUUUUGUUUUGAAGAAAAGUAUACAUGCAAUUUUAAUGUUAAAGAAAAAAUAUUUUCCAAGUAUAUAUUUAAAAGAAAAUCUAUCUUAAAAGCCUAUGUUAUACUAUAUCAUUCAUUACACAUACAUCUGCACUUACCCUUUUACUAUCACAUUCUGUUAUUUUGUUGUUUAUUCAUUCCAAACCUAUUGAUGUAGUUAGUUUUGUAUAAGACAAAGGUCUGCAUAUUAUCUUGGAAUUAAAUAUUGCACAUUUUUGUAUAUAAAUGCAUAAUCAUGUACACAAACUAGAUCUGUUCAAACAGUUUGGGAAAACAUUGAAAUCGUGUAGCUCUAGCUGUCACACGCCCAUCAAACUUUACAGUGUAAAUGAAACUUUGUCAAAUAGAUCUCCUAGUCAGAAGAUGAAGUCAUGUUUACUGUACGUAACUAGAGAAGCAUUCCUCUACACAGUAAAAUUGCCUGCAGUGUUAGCAUUGAAACUCAAAAAUAUUUCUUUGUACAAAAACGACCCCGGAAGUCAUGUGGCAUCUGGACUGUAUAAAUGUGUAUUUCUUUUAGUGAUUCUUUUAGACUUUGGUGUGUUUGUCACAGCUUUGGUAUAUUUAGGGUUGUUAUUUCAUUAUAAUUUGUACUAUUACAUUUCUGCCUGGCCUAUGUGGCCAACAUAAACUUGAGGACUGCUUAUUUUUGUAAAUAUAUGUAUUUAUCGAGUCUCUGUGAGACACCUAGAUUUUACUUACCUUGUGUAUCCUUUUAUAGCAAAAAAUUUAAUGAUCUCUUUGCAUUGGAAGUUUUUCACAUUAAAAGGGACACUUUCUUGUUGUACUAUGUUACAUUUAGAAGUUAUUUACUUUGUUAAAGAUGUGAUUGUGUGGUUAUUUUGUUGAAAUAUUGAUUCUUUUUUCUAUUUUAUAGAUGAAUGAAUCUUAAAUAGUUAUAAAAGAUAUAUGAGCCGCACCAUGAGAAAACCAACAUAGUGGCUUUGCGACCAGCAUGGAUCCAGACCAGCCUGCGCAUCCGCACAGUCUGGUCAGGAUCCAUGCUGUUCGCUAACAGUUUCUCCAAUUCCAAUAGGCUUUGAAAGCGAACAGCAUGGAGCCUGACCAGACUGCGCGGAUGCGCAGGCUGGUCUGGAUCCAUGCUGGUCGCAAACCCACUAUGUUGAUUUUCUCAUGGCGCGGCUCAUAUGUAUUUGGAAAGGUAGCAUGGUAUAAAAAUACAAUCAAGAUGUUCCCAUUUAAUGUUAUACUUCACCAAUAUUUAUGAUAUAACAAUAAGCAAUGUAAUUUUAUAAACAAUAUAUACCUGAAAUAAAUUUAAAGUGUUCGAUAAAAGGGCAUUAAAAUGGUGCUAGAACAAAAUGACUGAAGAUAGGAAAAUCAUGUUGGGUUUAGCACUCUGUACGGAGGAGGCAGUCUAACGAGGGAGGGAGAUUUCGAGGGAAUAUGUAACUUUUCUCUGAUAUGAAUCUUUAGGUCUGUUAAAAAGUCUCUAGAAGAGAUGAACAGAAACAAGUAUUUAAUAAAGUAUGUUGUCACUUAAUUAGGGGUUAUGUACUUGUUACUGUGAUCUGAAGGUAAAUCAGCUAUCAUGGUAUUUUCCAGGAUGUAGACUUGAUUACUGUAAAAUCAUUUAAAAGGAAGCUAUAAAAUUUGUUUGUUUUGCACAGAAUGGUUGUUUCAUCGGGCUAUGAAUUUAUGGAUUUCUGCUUAUCAGGAUAAAAGAAUGGGAAUUUUGCUGUUUUGUUGAGAUUUAUUUUCAUGGAUUGAUGCAUCCACUAAAUCAACAAAAUUUAGUCUACAUCGAAUGUGAAAAUCAGUUUCAUGCUGGUUAAUUUUGAGCCAAAAGCUGAAAAAUGUGUACAGACCAGUCUAUGUACAUGGUGCCUUAACUUGUCUGAAAUUUCGAUCAGUAGAUUCUUUUAGCUACAGAUAUAUUUUAGUGUUCUGCUUUUAUUCACAACAAUGUGAAUGGCUAAGGCAAGGUUUAAUGCACCCAUGUUACAAACUUUACUUUGCUAGCGGUCAAUAAUGUGUUUUAAGUGGGCUGGCUUUAUUUUAUUUAUUUAUUUGUUUUGGUGAUUUAAGAAAUGAUUUUUUUUUUUCAGAGAAUGACAGAAUUUGAUUGACAAAUCCAUGAAUGGUGCUAGUGAUUUAUGGUUAAUUUGGUAAUCAUACUCUGUUCAUUUUAAAUGAUGUCUGGAAAAAAUAAUCUAACAUUUACAUUAUAUUUCCAUUCCAUUUAACAAUUUUUUUUUACAAAUUGCACAUAUUUUGUUUGUUUUUAACAUUAUGCCUGCUUGUUGCCCUAAUAUAAUAAUUGUGCCGUCAUCUAAGGAACAUUCUUUGCAGGUGUCGUAAAGAAAGCAGCAAGUUUAAACUAAGAAGUGUUAAUUGUUACUGUGGCGCCUUCCACUUUGUGUUUCUUACAGAAUGAAUGUCAGAAUUUACAGUGGAGAAAAUAGGCAGGAUGUAAAUAUUUGUAGAUACUACAGUCAAACCUGUCAGUAAAGAACCUGCCCCGGGGGAGUAAAAAGUGGUCUUCAUGUACAGGUUGUCUUUAUUCACAGGUUAAAGUAUGCUGCUCAUUCAAAUGUAAAUAAAACUGGUGGUCUUUGUAGCCAGACGGUCUCCAUUCACAGGUAACCUUUAGCUCAGGUUUUGAUGUUACAUUUCGUAUGAUGAACAGUUUCAAUGAAAACAGGUUUAUUAAUAUGAUACAUGUUGUAUUUAUUUGCUUAAAAUCUUUCUGUCUCUUAUUACUGCCUUACUCCUCUCAUUUAUCUUUGGCAGGGUGCAGUUAUCAAAUAACAUUGUAUAGGUACAUGUUAGGUACACUUUGUCUCAGUUUUUACCAAUCUUCAAUCAGUCAUUUGAUUUUAUGAGUAUACAUGUUCUACGGACUUUGAUUUUAGUAUGGACUAAUUAUACUGUUGAAUGUAAACCAAAAUCCCCCUACUCAGUUUGACUAAGGCGGACAAAAUGGCCCCUUUGAUUUUGUUGAUUAAAAUUAAACAUAGGUGAACUGAACUGAAGUGACAAUUUUUCAGGUGAUACUUAUGAAUUCUAAACAUAAUGAAGUAAGAAUUAUGAUAUAAUUAGGGGAGAAAUGAUAAGAGAUUUUAUCUACUCUUCCAUCAAAUUGAGCAAGACGAUUUUGUCUGUACCCCUGUUAAAGUUAUUAUAGUCAGAUAAAAUGGUUUCGUACUUGGUACAUAAUAUAGCUUGCUUUGAUAAAUUUUAUGUUGGAUUUUAUUACAUACCUUGAUAAACUACAGUGAAAGUUGCAGUUGUAAUGCUUAAUAAUUGCUCUUGAGUCUCGGGGAUAAUGUUGUUUAAUUUUCAUGAUUGCUUUGAAUUUAUUUUAUGCUGAUAUUAGCAAAAAUUAUAUAAAUUUUACCCAAACUAAUAUUUAAGGUAGUUUCGCACGUUUGAUAAACUGGAAAAGAUUGCGUAACAUUGUUUGUCCGGAAAACAUAGAAUAAAACCUGGAUUUGGCAUAUGGAAAUGAAAAUCAUUUUAUGAAUUAUUGGCAACCCUUUACAGUGGCACUGUUACUGUCUUUCUAAAGUUAAAUAUGAUAUUAAAACAUCUUACAUGUUAAAUAAUCCAAAAUAAUGUCUUAAAAUUAGUUUGAAACAUGCAGUUCACUUUAAUCAUGGUCAUAAAUCUCAGAACCAAGCACUGACCCUCCGUGGCCGAGUGGUUAAGUUAGUUGAUUUCAAAUCACUUGCCUCUCACCGAUGUGGGUUUGAGCCUCACUCGGGGCAUUGAAUUCUUUAUGUUAGGUUGACUUACAGAAGGUCGGUGGUUCUGCCCAGAUGCCAGCUCGUGAUGAAAUAAUACACAGAGGGGCAACUAGGUUCCCCCUCCACCAUCAGAGCUGGAAAGUUGCCAUAUGACCUAUAAUUGUGUUGGAGCGACGUUAAACCCAACAAAACAAACACACAGACCUAUACAUUUUAUUUUACUAUAUCAUAGAACAUAUUUUUAUUUACGGCUGUCAGAAGUUCCAUUUAGAUCUACAUUGCAGAAAAAAUUCUUUCUGUGAAAAUGUUAUGAAAGUUGUGACUUUCCCAUAGGCUUCGAUUAUAAAAAAAAAUUCGCGAGGUCCAAAUUUUUCAAAUCAGUCUAGCAAAAAAUCAAGCACACAACCCUAUCUUUUUUAUUUGCUGAAUUUUCUAAGUAUAUUUUGAAGUUUUGAAAAAAUCAGGGUGUAAUCAAAUUCUACAUUGUAGAAAAAAAUUUGAUCCAAACAUGCAGAACUACCUUAACGGCUCUAGAAAAUGUUUUAUGUGGUUGUGUUCAGUAGACUAUGAAAGAGUGUAAAAUUUCUCACCAAAGGAUUAUGGCUGCUAAAUGGGUGUUAAGUACAACAUAAAUGAAUACUGGAAUAGGUAAAAUGUGAAACUAAAGAGUUUUUGGUAUAUUACCUAUUUUGACAGCUGUUUAAGCCAUAUUUGUAUGAUGAAAGAUGACAAAAUGCUUAUUACUUGUGAAAAUUAGUGAUCUCUCUAUCCUUGUUCUAUAUGUACUAGUUAGAAAUCAAAGCAGGAUUUAGUUAUCAAUAUUUAGAUUUUGUUCUUAUGAACAGUGUUAGAUAGGACAGAAUGUGUUUCAUUUAGUUUUUGUAUAGAAAAAGUAAGCUUUGAAAAUUAUCAAAUUUGUCAAAUGUUUGUCAUGAUUUUUGUUUUGUUUAAAAUGAUAAUUAUUAUGUAAAUCUCAAUUUGUUCACAAAUUAUUUUUGCUGGCACAUGUAUAAUUUUGUGAUUCAUUUCAUUAUUUUCUCAUAUUUUUGUCCUGAUAAUUGAAAUAUAAAAGAUACAGACUCUCAGAACUGAA